AUGUUUGACUCAAAGGCUCUAAAUCUGCUAGUCUAUAAUCCAUUAUCGGACAUGGUGCUAUCAGCCAUUGGUCAUCUGUCAAAGCGUGGUCAAGAUAGCGAAAAUCCUGUAUUGACAUGUCCACCUGACACCAGCUUAUCAACUGACGGAGGAUUGUCGACAGCUACUGUCACAUAUAAUGCUUCGGAUGUUACAGUAACUGACAACUCAGGGGAAACUCUUGUUCCAUUUACUACAACAUCAUUUCCAGCUCAAUUUGUGAUAGGACCAAAUAAUAUAACGUAUACAGCCACUGAUUCCUCAGGAAAUACUGGUAGUUGCACGUUUACAGUAACAGUUACAGUUGAUUGCACUACUAAUCCAUGCAUGAAUAAUGGUACUUGUGAGAGUAAUAAUUUGUGCAAUUGUGAUGGAACUGGUUACACAGGCACCUCGUGUGAAACUGCAGAUAGCGAAGAUCCUGUAUUGACAUGUCCACCUCACACCAGCUUAUCAACUGACAGAGGAAUGUCGACAGCUACUGUCACAUAUAAUGCUUCGGAUGUUACAGUAACUGACAAUUCAGGGGAAACUCUUGUUCCAACUACCACAACAUCAUUUCCAACUCAAUUUGUGAUAGGACCAAAUAAUAUAACGUAUACAGCCAAUGAUUCCUCAGGAAAUACCGGUAGUUGCACGUUUACAGUAACGGUUACAGAUAGUGAAAAUCCUGUAUUGACAUGUCCACCUGACAGCAGCUUAUUAACUGAUGGAGGAAUGUCGACAGCUACUGUCACAUAUAAUGCUUCGGAUGUUACAGUAACUGACAACUCAGGGGAAACUCUUUUUCCAAAUACCACAGCAUCAUUUCCAGCUCAAUUUGUGUUUGGACCAACUAAUGUAACGUAUACAGCUACCGAUUCUUCUGGAAAUACUGGUAGUUGUACGUUUACAGUAACGGUUACAGAUAGCGAAAAUCCUGUAUUGACAUGUCCACCUGACACCAGCUUAUCAACUGAUACUGAGGCGCCAAUUCUCAGCUGUCCUGCCGACAUCAUUCAAGCCACGGAUCCAGGCCAGAUAGCAGCCACCGCAACUUGGAGUGACCCAACAGUCAUUGACAAUGUUGAUAUGUUUCUGCCAGCCUUUUGUAUUCCUCCAUCUGGUUCGCUAUUUAAUGUUGGUUCAAAUAAAGUUGUUUGUCAAGCUUCAGAUUUGUCUGGAAACGUGGGCAGCUGUACGUUCAAUGUAGUCAAAGUUGAUUGCACUACUAAUCCAUGCAUGAAUAAUGGUAUUUGUGAGAGUAAUAAUUUGUGCAAUUGUGAUGGAACUGGUUACACAGGCACCUCGUGUGAAACUGCAGAUAGCGAAGAUCCUGUAUUGACAUGUCCACCUGACACCAGCUUAUCAACUGACAGAGGAAUGUCAACAGCUACUGUCACAUAUAAUGCUUCGGAUGUUACAGUAACUGACAACUCAGGGGAAACUAUUGUUCCAAUUACCACAACAUCAUUUCCAGCUGAAUUUGUGAUUGGACCAACCAAUGUAACGUAUACAGCUACCGAUUCUUCUGGAAAUACUGGUAGUUGCACGUUUACAGUAACGGUUACAGAUAGCGAAGAUCCUGUAUUGACAUGUCCACCUGACAGCAGUUUAUCAACUGACGGAGGAAUGUCGACAGCUACUGUCACAUAUAAUACUUCGGAUGUUACAGUAACUGACAACUCAGGGGAAUCUCUUGUUCCAAUUACCACAGCAUCAUUUCCAGCUGAAUUUGUGCUUGGACCAACCAAUGUAACGUAUACAGCUACCGAUUCUUCUGGAAAUACUGGUAGUUGCACGUUUACAGUAACUGUUACAGAUAGCGAAGAUCCUGUAUUGAUAUGUCCACCUGACAGUAGUUUAUCAAUUGACGGAGGAAUGUCGACAGCUACUGUCACAUAUAAUGCUUCGGAUAUUACUGUUACUGACAACUCAGGGGAAUCGCUUGUUCCAAUUACCACAAUAUCAUUUCCUGUUGAAUUUGUGCUUGGACCAACCAAUGUAACGUAUACAGCUACCGAUUCUUCUGGAAAUACUGGUAGUUGCACGUUUACAGUAACUGUUACAGAUAGCGAAGAUCCUGUAUUGAUAUGUCCACCCGACAGUAGUUUAUCAAUUGACGGAGGAAUGUCGACAGCUACUGUCACAUAUAAUGCUUCGGAUGUUACAGUAACUGACAACUCAGGAGAAUCUCUUGUUCCAAUUACCACAACAUCAUUUCCAGCUGAAUUUGUGAUUGGACCAACCAAUGUAACUUAUACAGCUACCGAUUCUUCUGGAAAUACUGAUAGUGAAGAUCCUGUAUUGAUAUGUCCACCUGACAGCAGUUUAUCAACUGACGGAGGAAUGUUGACAGCUACUGUCACAUAUAAUGCUUCGGAUGUUACAGUAACUGACAACUCAGGGGAAUCUCUUGUUCCAAUUACCACAACAUCAUUUCCAGCUGAAUUUGUGAUUGGACCAACCAAUGUAACGUAUACAGCUACCGAUUCUACUGGAAAUACUGGUAGUUGCACGUUUACAGUAACUGUUACAG